AUGAAGGAGGAAGAAAAGGAGACAAAUACCGGAUUAAUAAACCGAACCGAACCACGAAUUGAAAGAAGCGCCCAUCAGCCGAUGUUUCGUCGUUCGCGGGAUUUUCAAGAAUUUCUGCUGGCUGGGAUGAAUGUGUUGCUGUUACUGCUGCCGCUGUUCGGGAAACGAAGUAUUUCUGAACCGGGAGCAUUGGACAGAUGCGAAGAUGGACCAGAACUUAUGGAAUCUGACGACAUUGCUGAAGCAGUUUGA